AUGUUGAACAAGGCAAGAAGAAUUUUCUUUAGUACAGCAAAAAAUAGCAACUUAUAUUUAACUAUAUCUUCGUCCAGCGAAUCAAUAUUUAGAAAUCAAGUAAUUAAAAGGGCUUCAUUUCCAGGAAUUGAAGGAUAUUUCACUAUAACAAAUAAUCACAGUCCAUUAGUUACUUUAUUAAGAAAUGGAAUAAUAACUGUUGAGUUUGAUGAGAAAGAGAAAAAACAGUUUUUUAUAUCAGAUGGAAUAUUUAUUUAUAAAAAAAGUAAUGACAGUAACAACGGCUUUAAUGCUGAAAUUGUGGGUGUUGAAAUAGUACCAUUAGAAUAUUUAGACAAAAACAAAACAGUCAAGGUGUUACAGCAGAUGUGUGCAAUAAAUGACGCGACGGAUGAUAAAUGGAGACAAAUAAAAACCAUGCUAGGGAAGGAGUUGUGUUCUUCAAUACUUCGAAUUGCCUCAUGA